UGAAGUGGAGUUGUAGGGAAUGGAGAACCUCAUCUCUUAUUUGUCCAGCUAGGUAAUUUAAUAAUCUUUCACAUUAAUUAGAGAGUAUACAAUGCGUUAACUAAAUACAAACGUUGAAUAAACCACAGCAACCUACAAAGAUAAAAUAAAAAAUACGUAAAAUCCCAUUUCUACAGACUGUCCUCUCUCCCCCUAUAUGGGGUUUAUGUUUAACUGACACAUACAAAAAUAUUCCGACAGCACUUGAACGCAGCGUCAGACUGCACUGCAUACGCGCCGUGGCGGAGUGCGAAGAUGGCGGAGAAUAAUGUCGAACCAGGGCACGAAUGGAGCGACCGGGCCCUAGAUACGGCCGAUGACACUCUGGUUGCAAUGGAAACCCUGCUGGCCACACUGAGAGCCUUUGAAGACGUACUCAGGCAACAGGAAAUAUCCAUAGCAUCUUCCACGGAGUACUGCGACAACUUCUGUCAGGCACUGAUGCACUAUGCUGGGAGCAGGAACUCUAUGGAACAUGGUCUGCCUCUUCUUGAGGUCUACUGUCUGUCCAUAAACUGUUUUGCUGCGGCCCGAUCUCACCUCACCUCAGAGUCGGACCGAGUGGCCCUUGUUUUGAAGAGACUAGCUUUGAGCUGUUUUGAGCUGUUGCUGUCAGUGCCUGAGAAUGAAAUCCCAUACGAAGCCUGGGUUCAGUUCCACCACUCUGUUCAGAUUGCCCAUGACACCUUGCUACAGUAUGGAAGCACAGACCUCCAGGCUUUACUCCAGAUCACAGGAGAGGGAGGAGCCUGGAGCAACCCUGUCCUUGCAUCUCUCCUCACCGGUCAGCCAACCAACCCACAAGAAGUGGAUGCAUACAUCAGCUUGGAGGGCGAGGGCUUCAUGGAGAUGCGGGUGAAGCACCUGGAGAAAAUGGGCGAAGUGGCCAAGGCAGUGGUGCUGGCCAAAGCUUGCACCGAAUGCAGCGUCAUCUCCAACCAAGCUACCUUUCGUCAAACAUUUGUCUCCCUGCUUUGUCACCUGCUGCCCAACGAAGAGGCCAUAAUGGAGAUAUCCAGACUCGACUGCAAGGACGUGCUGGAGAUCACGUGUAAUUUGGAGACUGAGGGGGAGGAGAACACCGCCUUCAUCUUGUGCACAACUUUCCUGACACAGCAGCUUCAGCAGCAGAGCCUUUACUGCUCCUGGGAGUUGACUAUGUUGUGGAGUAAGCUUCAGAAGAGGAUCGACCCCUCGUCGCUGUCUCUUCUGGAACGAUGCCUUCAGCUAGGUGCUAUUGCCAAAACCGUCCACCACUUGCUUUGCCUGGUCCGUGUCAUUCAGACUGAGACGGAGGAAAUAGGGGUACCUGCCUCAGUAGAACUUUGUGUCAAAGCCCUUCAACUUCCAAAGCAGGACGACUCCGAAUCGAGGAUCUCCGUCUGUAAGUCCGUGUCCUGCCUACUUCCACGGGACCUUGAAGUAUCGCGUGCCUGCCUGCUCACAGAGUUCCUGAUUGGCCCCAGCCAGGACAUCUUUGGGUCACUUCGGGAGCUUUACUUACGCCCAGACCAGAAGUAUGACCAGGAAAAUGAGUUCAUUCCCAACUCGCUACGCUGCGAGCUGCUUCUCGCUCUGAAAGCAUACUGGCCUUUUGACCCCGAAUUCUGGGACUGGAAAACUCUCAAGUAUCACUGCGUCUCCCUUCUAGGGUUGAUGCCAGAGUCCGAGGGAGAAGAAGAAGAUGAAGAAGUUGUAGAUGUAGACAAAAAAGAGACGGGUAAACAACACAACCCACGGGGAAUCACAGUGAAAGUAGAAUCUCACCAUGCAAAGUCAAUGAAUGGAAGUGUUGAUGGCCACGAGCAGCUUGAUGAAAAGCAGUCUUCAGAGUUGGCAGACAUUCCAGGUGAUUCAGAGACCAAGAAACCCAGGUUCUGCUGUCAGAUAUGUAAGCGAUCGAUCGCAGACACCCACAUCGUUCACCACUCCAAAAGGCAUGCAGGGGACAACAGCCACCCCUGCCCUCUCUGCCUCAUGAACUUUAAGAGAAGAAGAGAUCUCAUUCCUCAUCUGAAGGACCAUGUGCAUAGUGAAACGCAUGUGAAGGAGAACAAUGUAAAGAAAGUGGACGGUCAGAGGAGGCAGGAUGAGGACGAUGAUAUUGAACCAGGUGAGAUCACCGUUGACCCUUCCUUAAUGCAGUAUUACGAAUCCACACAUGAUCCAGACGUGCUGCACCACAUUGUGCAACAAGCCAAAACCGUGAAGGAGAAGAAUGUGGACAAUGACGAGCAUGUGACGUUCGAAUACAUCAACCAGCACUUCAGUGUGCAGAACCGGGAGGAGUACCCGUGUCCAGGAACCGGGUGCACUCGGACUUUUAAGCAUUCCAAGUACUUGUAUGUGCAUUUAAAGUCGGAGCACAAAGGGGAUGACAAUGUGAAACAUUUUCAUCAGGUGAGAGACAUGCGGGAGAAGUGUGUUUUUUGUAGACGCCAUUUUGUCUCCGCAUACCAUCACCACAAACAUCGGCGAGUUCACUACGGGGAUCGGCCUUACACGUGUGUGAUUAUGGGUUGCGGCGCUCAGUUUAGGACUUCCAAUGAACUUGUCACGCACAAACACACCCACGGCUAUCACCUCCACUACCAGUGCGAGCUCAAAGACUGUUACGUCACCUACUCCGACCUGGGACAAAUCUACCACCACGAGGCGCAGCAUUUCAGAGACGCGGCGUUUACCUGCUCGAGCGCUAAAUGUGGCAAAUACUAUUUAUCCAAGAAAGAAUUCAUGAAACAUUUAUCCACACACAACAUCACCUUCUCCGAGAAGGACUUUGAGGCUCAGAGGAAGGCAAAGCGGAAACUUCUCAAGACGGUUCCUGAAGCCACAAUCUGCUCUAAUAUGUCAGAUACAGAAGAGACGGUGAAGGUAGAAACACUAAGCGCUUCUGCAGCAAGUUGUGCCUCCUCCCCGCCAGCAACUCAAAGCAUGGAGCCCGCAGACGAGAUAAAUGACAGCAAGGAGCCCAAAACCACAGUAACCUUGGUCGCUGUGUGUUUUGAUGGGAGUAAGUUCACCUGUGGCUUUGAGAAGUGCGGCAUGACUUUCUCCAGAGCCAGAGAUGUCCAGAGGCAUCUGAAAUGUGCCCACCCAGAACACCUCAAGUUGGAGAACAAAGAGCACAAACGUGACAAAGAGCGGUCAAAGUCCAAAGGGACAAAGGCUGAGCCUGAGCCAGACGGUAAGGAGAGGGGAAGGGAGGAGGACUCGAUUCCACUUCAACCCAUAGAGGACCCAAAAGAAAGAAAAGAAAACAGUGACACAAACUAUUUGUGCCUUCAGACUGAAAAUGAUGUUCUAAAUGAAAUCCUCAUUGGGCUCGGCAAACUGGACCUGAACUCUCCGUCGCCUCACAGUCCGAAAAGCGAGGCGCCUCAGUCCAACCCAGAGUCUGCUACGUCUGAAAUAUCUCUGGCCACCGCGGCGAGGCCCCCUGUUGUGCUGAUUCAGAAGAAGUCCCACCCUGAGGAAAAGGUAAAAGUCAAAGUGGAACAAGCUACAGUUGCUGAUGAUGAAGGCCGUGACGAACCAUUAGCAGCUGCCAAGCCUUAUGUCUGUGAGAUGAAAGGUUGCGACUUCAGGACUGCUCAGAGUUUCAGCUUACGGCGGCACUAUAACACCAAACAUGGCCGCACAGUAGAGCAGGCCAAAAGGUUGACUUCAUCGUAUUUCAAGCCUUACGUAUGCAAGAUUUGUUCCAAGAGUGUCAGAGAAAAAAGUGCUUUGAGGUGCCACUAUAUUCAGAAACAUAAACUAAGUGAGACUUUGGUGGACAAAAUAAGCUGCGCAUCAACAUUGUUUGAGGGCAAAAAAGACCCUAAAAAACAUGCACCUCAGCACUUGAAAGUAUGGAAGAAAGACAUCCCCAAGCUGCAAAGCCAACAAGAGGCCAAAAGCCUGCCCCGGGUUAGCGAAAAUGGACAAAACAUGGACAAUCAUUCGCCAUCUGAGGAGGAAGGAGAGGAGGAAUCGAAGGUAAAGGAGCGAGUCAAUGAGCUGAAGGGAAAAAGUGAGGACUCGACCACACAACAGGUCAGAACCACCAGACGCCUGGUAGCCAAAGGCAAUCUCUGCUAUAUAUUGGACAAAUUCAGUAAACCCUUUCAUUGUGUGGCAAAAAACUGCGAUGCAGCUUUUUCCACCCAGGGGGGCCUGGUACGCCACCUCCAGUUGAUCCAUCAUUACAAUCGCUCUCAGCUCCUGCUGGAAAAAGACAUCGGCGCCAAUCACAGUCCGGAAGCCCGAAAAGAGCCUGCGAAGAAGAGGCCUCCCCCGAGCUCUGAUGAACCUCAGCCCCAGUACAAGUGUCACUUUGCCAACUGCCACGCUUCCUACCACCUGAAAAGCAGCUUAGUGCGACACACUCGCGAUUCGCACUCGCAGCCGCCAGAGCUGAUAAGGUGCGAUUUCGAAGGCUGCACAAGAGCGUUCAGCCACGACAGCGCGCUUAAAAAACACACACUCUACAGUCACUGCGAGUACUACGACUCGCUGGUGGUACGUCUGCAGAGCACUCACAAAAAGUCCAUCACUGGAUGCCAGAAGAAGCUCAUCGUCGCCCCACAGAGUCCUCCGAAAGAAGAGCCCGCACGGGCGGAGGGGUCCGGUCCGCCCGCCGAAGGGACCCCUCGGUCAGCGGUGGAGGUGGGCGAGGAGAAGGUGGAGGAGGAAAAGGAGGAGGAGGAGGAGGAGGAGGAGGAGAAGGAGGUGGUGGUGACGUCUGUGGAGAAGAAAAAGCCAGGAGAAAUAAGAACUUACAGCCGCUACGUCUUCAGAUCGCACGAAGAAGCGCUGCAGAUGUGCCAGGAUCGCUGUAUGAGCGCGGGCUACCCGUGCAUGAUCCAGGACUGUGACUCGGUGGUCACGUACUCAAAGAGCCUGCACCGCCACUACCGCAGGGUUCACAGCAUGCGGCCAAAAGAGUUUUCGAGACAUAAAGACGAGCUGGUUUUCAACGCCGAGCAGCUGGAGGAAUUGAUUCAGAAGAAGUCUGCCAGGCCACCGGUCCCAGGAGCGUGUUCCCCCAGUGGAGUUCGCAAAAUGGAGUAUCAGGCGGAGCCGGAAAACCCGGAGGGGCUGCCAUCCCCCGUGAGCUUACACCCCGUCAAGGCAGACGCACAAGAGGAGGCUAAUUGCGACCCAGUGGGGUUCCCGAAGGAGGAGGAGGAGGAGGCAGACAAGCCGCCGCCGCCGCUGCCCGUGGAGAGAAAUGGCGUCCUCGUUGGCGCAGACGAGGUGCUGUACGGCGAGCCGAGCACAGGCGGGGACCCCGAGGACACUGCUGCAGCCGCGCAGAGCAGCCAGAAACCAGAGGAGAGACUAAGUUUGGAUAAGAUCAAACCGCUCCUCCGCCCCCUCACUGUUGACCUCUCUCCGCCGUGCUCGCUGCGCUUUAUCGCAGAGGAGGUCGUCCAAGAAGGCGGCAAGGCGGCGAACGGCUCGGCAGCGCCAACGCCACCACCACCACCACCACCACCACCACCACCACCACCACCACCGGCCCCACCUGUCCGGCAGCCAUUAAAACGGAAAAACGAGUUGUCUGAACCGCCUUCCAACUUGAAAGACCCUCUGCCCCGCAGCGCUUCCGACAUCACCGCCUAUAAGCCGACGGGCUUCGAGUCCUCGUUCCUGAGGUUCAUACAGGAGACGAGCUCCAAAGACAAAGGCCCGGCGGCGGUGAAGCGGCGGGACUCCUUCAGACGCAGUUGUUCCGUCAAGGAGAACAAGCAGCUGGGAGUCUCCCACACCCGCAGCAGGCGCACUCAUUCCCUGCUGCUGAAGCCCCACACUGUUACUGGGGACGUCAGGUCGAUCCAAAACUUGAAGUCCAUCUUGGACAAAGCCCUGGCGGGCUGCGAGGACCUGGCCAUCAAGCAGCUUCAGUACCUCAGACCCGUGGUGGUCCUGGGGAGGCCAGUGUGCAGCAGCACCCUGCCCGACCUCUUCCCAUCAGACACCAACAGCAGCAAGCUGCUUCUUGGAAGUUAGUUGAACUGAGCACCUUUUUAACAUAGCUAUGCUACAGCUAUGAUUAAUUACUUUGUAUUUUCACAUUCUCUUCCAGUAAUUAUAUUUCUCCCAAAGUAUUAGUAUUGGCUUUUCUUUCUUUCUUUUUUUUUUAAGUUGCCAACCUUAAUAUAAUAGAAAUGUUAUUAGCUCUAAGAUAACAAGCUUAAACAGUGCACAUUUUUAGAUAUCUGUUGUAUGAACGCAUUCAAAUAACACCUGUUAUGACUCAUUACGAACACAAGUGUGUGUGUGUGUGUGUGUGUGUGUGUGUGUGUGUGUGUGUGUAUGUGUGUAUAUACUGUAGCUAUUCAUGACAAUGUACAGAUUUUCAGAUUGUUAGAAAUGUUAAGUAGUGUAUUGCAAGGCCUUCUCAGUUGUGUGAAAAUGUGACAAGACAUUUCCUGAUUAAAAAAAAAUACUCAAGGAAUAUGCUUGAAUAUUUUUCACUUAAGUUUGUAUUAAAUCAGUGUUGGGAUGCAGUGGAAAGAUAAUGGCAGACAUGUAUCUGACACGUUUUUAAGAAAUGUUUUUUGUCCUUUACUUUUGUAUAUAAAAAAAAAGUUACUUACAUAAUUCAAAGUAAUUAUAAAAUUGUAGCAUAGGAGCUGUUUGCUACAUUGAAAAUACACUUAAGUAAAUUAAAAUGUUUUGUAUGUCAAAUAUUCCACUGCCUGGACGUUUAGUAUAUAGAUGAUGCACAAUAUGGUGCUAUUAUCAGAAAUUCCUUUUGUGUGUUAGAGAGGUGCACAUUCUUUAAAAAUGUUUGAAUUAAAGGUUCAAGCAUAAAAUCUGCAGCUAUACGAUAUUGUAGCAUUGAACUAUUGUAUGGAGUAGGAGAUUUAUUUCACAUUAAAGGCUGUAUAUCUAAAAUACCAAUGCACAUGGCACAGCACCACCCCCUCCCACACACACACACACACACGUAUAUAAUAUAAAGGUUAUUUUUUUCUUUCGGGUAAAACGUUUUCUAACAACAUCAAUAAUCUUUUAAAAUCCAACCCCAAACU